GUGGUGACAGUGACAGGAGAUGUCCGGGGAGCAGGAACUGAUGCCAACGUCUUUGUUACUCUGUUUGGAGAGCUUGGGAUUACUCCCAAGACUCAUCUCACAAGCAAGAGCAGCACGGCCUUUGAGAGGAGCAAAACAGAUGUGUUCCGAGUAAAAACCAACAAUGUCGGACAAAUAAAGAAAAUAAGGAUUGAGCACGAUAACACCGGACUGAAUGCAGGCUGGUUCCUCGACCGCGUGAUCGUGACCGACAUGAACAGACCUCACCUCCGGUUUUACUUCCCCUGCAACAACUGGCUGAGCAAGGAGGACGGGGAUGGACUGUAUGUCAGAGACCUCAUCGGCAGCCUGAAUCCCAUGGAUGUGCCCAAAAUCAACAAAUACGUGGUCCGAGUUUUUACGGGUGAAGUUAGCGGCAGUGGAACAGAUGCGGAUGUCUUCAUUAAUAUCUUCGGUGAGAAAGGAGACACAGGUGUGAGAAAACUGGACAAUGACAAAGACAACUUUGAAAAGGGAGCAGAAGACAAGUUCACACUCGAUGCUCCAAAUUUGGGAAGGUUAAGGAAAAUUAAUAUAGGUCAUAAUAACAAGGGUGGCUCUGCUGGCUGGUUCCUUGCAAAGGUCAUUAUUGAAGACAUUGGCAAUAAAUGUGUGUACCAAUUCCCGGUUGGCCGCUGGUUUGCUUUAGAUGAAGAUGAUGGAAAAAUCCAGAGGGACGUACUUGUUGGGGGCACCGAAGCCACAGGUAUUGUGUACAACGUUGCUGUAGUGACAGGAGAUAUCAGAGGAGCUGGCACAAACUCCAAGAUCCACGUAAUCCUGCAUGGCUCCAAAGGCUUAAAGAACAGUGGGAAGAUUUUCUUGGAAGGAGGUGAAUUUGAGCGUGCCAGGACAGAUCUCUUUAACGUGGAGAUAGCUGCUCUUCUCAGCCCUCUCAGCAGAGUCACCAUUGGGCAUGAUAAUUGCGGCGUCAGUUCUGGCUGGUUUUGUGAGAAGGUGGUGGUUUACUGCCCAUUCACUGGUAUUGAGCAAACCUUCCCGUGUGGGAAAUGGCUGGAUGAAGAUGAAGGAGAUGGUCUCAUAGAGCGGGAGCUCUACGAAAUGGUGUCCCUGCGCCAGAGAAGACUGAAAAAAAGCCCUUGGUCUCUGUGGAUCUGGACAAGUGACAUUAAGAAUGCAGGGACAGAUGCCACCAUCUUCUUCCAGAUUUAUGGAGACAAAGGGAAGUCAGAUGAGAUGAAGCUGGACAACAAUUCAGACAACUUUGAAACUGGACAGACUGACAAGUUCAUGAUCGAGCUCCCUGAUCUGGGCACAUUUUAUAAGCUUCGGAUAUGGCAUGAGAAAAGAAAUCCCUUUGCUGGCUGGCAUCUGAAUAAGGUAACUCUGCUGAAAACGCUGACAAAAGAAAAAUACUCAUUCAACUGUGGCCGCUGGCUAGAUAUAAAUGAAGACGACAAUGAGAUCGUGCGGGAGCUCCCUGCGGAGGGAUCUCUGGUGACUGAAGUCAUGCCAGUGAUAAAAUACCGGGUGACAGUUUGCACUGGGAUGGUAAGUGGGAGCGGCACCGAUGCCAAUGUCUUUGUCUGCCUCAUCGGUGACCAGGGAGACACGGGAGAGCGAGUUCUCUACAACUGCAUCAACACUGUCAAUAAAUUUGAAAAAGGCAACGCUGAUGAAUUCUUCGUUGAAGCGGUAACGCUGAAGCAGGUGAGGAGGGUGAGGAUAGGGCAUGAUGGCAAAGGAGGAAGCAGUGGCUGGUACCUUGCCAAAGUGAUAGUGAGGGAAGAAGGACAGCCAGAAAGUGAGGCUGUGGAAUUCCCCUGCUACAGAUGGCUUGACAAGAAUGAGGAUGAUGGUCAGAUUGUCCGAGAAUUAGUGCCCGCUGGGGAGUCACCAAUGCUAAAAAAUGUCAGUUAUCACAUCAGUGUGAAGACAGGAGAUAUCCCAGGUGCCAGCUCAGACUCCAAAGUUUUCAUCAAACUCUACGGUGAAAAAGUAGACUCCAGCAAAGAGCCUCUCUUAGUCUCUGAUAAUGAUCUAGGCAAUUAUUUUGAACGUGGUCGAGUGGAUGAGUUUACUCUAGAUACGAUGGAUAUUGGGAAGAUCAACCGAAUACUGAUCGGACACGAUAACGUGGGUCUCCGGUCUGGCUGGUUCCUGGCCAGUGUCCAGAUCACAGUUCCAGUCCAGGGAAGGCAGUACAUGUUCCCCUGCAACCGAUGGCUCGACAAAGAUGAGGCUGAUGGCAGGGUGGAGGUGGAGGUCUACCCAAGUGAGAUUGUGCCUAUUGAGAAAUUGAUAAACUACGAGGUGUCUGUAGUUACCGGAGAUGUGCGGGCUGCAGGCACCAAUGCCAAAGUCUUCAUGCAGAUUUAUGGUGAGACUGGCAAAACUGAAUUGAUCAUCUUAGAAAACAGAUCAAACAACUUUGAACGGGGAGCCACAGAUAUCUUCAAGAGAGAGGCUGCAGAUGUUGGCAAGAUUUAUAAGAUUCGGAUAGGCCAUGAUGGGAAAGGCAUUGGGGAUGGUUGGUUCCUGGAAAGUGUCACCUUGAAGCGGCUUGCCAAGAAGAUGAAGGAGUCUGAUAAAAAGAAGAAGAAGAAAAAGAAGUCUGAUGAGGACGAAGAAGAGGAGACCAAAGUGGAAGAAGUAAUGGAUGUCUAUACAUUUGUGGCACACCGCUGGCUGGCUAAAGACGAAGGAGACAAGGAGCUUGUGGUCGAGCUGGUGCCUGAUGGAGAAUCUGCCCUGGAGGAGAAUACUUAUGAAGUCCGUGUUCUCACUGGGAAUGUGUGGGGGGCUGGGACGGAUGCUAAUGUCUUCUUGAGUAUCUAUGGCGUCGGAAGAGGAGACACGGGUGAGCGCCAGCUGAAAAGGUCGAAUAACCUCAACAAGUUUGAAAAGGGCCAGGUGGACAUGUUCACUGUCAAAGCCAUUGACCUGGCUGAACUGAAGAAGCUGCGGAUCCGCCAUGAUAACUCUGGUGCUAGCCCAAGCUGGUUCCUGGAGAGGGUAGAAAUUGUUGACCUCAAGGAGAGCACCACGUAUUAUUUUCCAUGCCAGCGGUGGUUAGCAGUUGAGGAAGAUGACGGUCAGAUUGUCAGGGAGCUGGUCCCAGUGGAUGAAGCAUUUGUAAAGAAAGAUUCGGAAAAUGAUGGCCAGUCUCUUGCAACGCUGGGCCUGGAACAGAAAGCUAAAUCAACAACAUACACUGUGAAAGUGAAAACCGGGGACAAGAAGAAUGCUGGGACAGAUGCCAAUGUCUUCAUCACUCUCUAUGGAAGUAAAGAUGAUACAGGGAUAGUCAGCCUGAAGGCCUCAAAGAUUAACAAGAACAAAUUUGAGCGUGGGAAGGUAGAUGAGUUUACAGUGGAGUCUGUGGACAUCGGAGACCUGAAAAAAAUCAAGAUAGGCCAUGACAAUAAAGGUAAUUCAACUGGCUGGUUUCUGGAGUGGGUGGAGAUUGAUGCCCCAUCACUAGGACAGUGCCUCAAGUUCCCUUGUGGCCGUUGGCUGGAUAAAUCAGAGGAUGAUGGAGCCAUUGAGAGAAUUAUCUUCCCUGCAGAGCUGCAGACAACAGAAUAUAUCCCAU